CUAGUCGAGGAGAAACGAGGCUAGUUUACAGCUGUAACAGACAAUUACGCAUAGAAAAUUCUUUAGCUAACACGAAAAUAAGACAGUUUGGAGCAUAAUAUACCGUCGACAAAAUGUCUGACAUCUCUGGCGGCAUCUAAAGGUUGUUCAAACCAGUUUCUGGGACCUCUUGUCUACCGUGGAUUACUGAAAAACAUGGACAAAGUAGAGCUGUUAGAGGUCGUGAAAGUGACUGAGGAGGUGGAGAGUGCCUACAACAAAAUGGAGGCAACUACCCCCAAAAAGAGAAAGAACAAAGCUCCAGAAGAACAUGUUGAGAGACCUAAGAAACCCAGGUCUGCCUACCUGCUGUACUACUUUGAUGUUCACCAGGUCAUGCAACUUGGAACACCAAAUAUGCCACAGUCAGAGGUCAACAAACGUAUCAGUGAGAGCUGGAAAAGACUAAGUGUAGCAGAGAAAAGCUACUAUCUGGAGCGGGCCAAGUUGGAGAAGGAGGGCGUAGAUACAUCAUCUCUCAGCCCCUGCAAACAUCUGCCAGGCUUCCGCAAAAUCCUUCCCAGAGCCAAUUGCUUUCUGUUGCCCAAAGGCAGCUCCACAAAUCAUCAGCCAGGAAGCUCUCAGUCAUUGGUGAGCAUUGGGUCUCUGGACAUUUCAGUUGAAAGAGGUUUACCCUCAGUCUCUCUCACCCAAGAGUCCCAGUUCAUGCCUCUUGGGCUUGCUGGGGAGGUGGAAUUCUCAGAGCACCACAUCAUUGCUGACGAUAUAGCAGAGGAAACAGAAGCAAUGUAUCCAUCCAUGGCCAUCCAAGCUAAUACUGCUUCAUCUUUACCAAAAACUACAGCCUCCACUGAUGCCAUUUUCUCACAGGGCUCUGCUGACUUUACAGUUAAUGGCUUCACAGUGAAAGGAAAUGAGACUAAAGUUGCCAGUAGUAGUUAUAAUGGGGCAGUAGUGCAGCAGACUCAAGGGGAGCCUACACAGAUGAUGACCAUUGUACCCACCCAGAACCUGCUGGAGCCCAAGUCGCUGGCAGGUGUUGGCUCUUUACGCCCAGUAAUGAUGAUUUCUUUAGGAGCCAAAUCAGAGCAAAGUGGCAAACCUUCAUAUAAAAUGUCUGUGAAGACAUACACCAGGAGAGGUCGAGGAAGGUGUCUAAAUCCAGGUUGUUCAUUUAUGUAUGUCACACGCCACAAGCCACCCACAUGUCCUGAAUGUGGGAGCCACUUAGGUGGAAAAUGGAUACCUGCUGCAAAGAGGACACAAGAGAAGGAGGCUGCUCCCAAGGAGUUGCCACAGACUGCAGAAACCGAGCAUGAUGUAAGCAGUCAAACCGCACAACCACCUGCGCAGGAGAAUGCUGAUGUCUCUAAAACAAGCUCCAGUGGGAGCAACAAGGAAAAACAAAUGCAGCGGUCCUCCAAAAAGAAGCCUGCAGCUUCAGCUGGAAUGCCACCAGAGGGCAGCACCAAGCCACAGUCUCAAGCAAGACAAGUAAAAGACAAUCCUAAAAGUGCCAUAACACACAGUCAGAACUGGAGCUCUGCAGUUGUGCAGAAACGGCCUGUGAGACCCAUCCUUCCUGCCUUCUACAACACAGGCGGUGCUUUGAUUCAGAUCUUAACUGUCCCACCUGACAAAGGAAAAUUUCGAGGUUUAAACAAUACUAAGCCAUCCACUGUGCCUCGAGAGAGUUUCUCAGGUCUCAAACCCAGCACUUUAAAGCAGCUCGGACAAACCGUCCCAACAACCACAACCACCCAGGAUUCUGCUAUCCCUGCAGGCAGAAGCCAGCCUGUGUCUUCCUUGACUGAUAGGAGAGUGAAUGUCGUGUCAGUCGUGCCUUUCAAACAACACCCAGUUUCCAGCUUUGACUUGGGACUAUCCACUGCUCGAGGCAGGGGGAGGUGUAAGAACCCAUCUUGUGACUACAUAUAUAAGAACAGGCACAAGCCUGCGGUAUGCCCAAAAUGUGGCUGCAAGCUGACCCAGAAAAGUGCAAAAACUACUAAGUCUGAGACUUUACUGGAUCCAUAUCAGGCCCUGAGUCCUGCUCAAAGGGACAUCCAGCGCCAGAGUACAGUGCAGCUACUUCGCAGUUCCCUGCAGAUUCCCGAGAGCGAGACUGAGCUUCAGGAGACACUUUCCCUCAUCCAGGAGCUUAACAAUCUUAAAAUAGUCCUUGUUCAAGCGGGUGAUCAGGAGGAGGAAAACUGCACUGAGACUGAGACCCUGGUUGAGUCUGGAUGGCCUCAGUUCUAUGAAUCAGCAGCUACUCACUGUGGCCUGUGUAGCUACCCUCUGUUCAAAGGAGGGCAGAGUACUGUUGCAGGGCAGGAGGACUGCUGGCUGCUGACUGAAACGUUGAUGCAGACAGCCUCUCUUCAGCUCAAAGUCUGCCUCAAUACUCAGUGCUUGGCCCUGCACAGCUUCACCGACCUGCAUCCAGGUUUGUUUAAUAUUGGGAACAGACUGUUAGUCAGCAUUGACCUGUUCCUGAAGAUCAGGGCCAAUAUCAAACUAGGCCAGUCCCCCUGUCAGGCAGCCAUGAGUGUACUUGACCACAUCCCAAGUCAUCCAGUCCAAUCUCUUAGUUCAGAAGAAUCAUCUCAAAUUCAAGAGCUUCUCCUGAGUGGCUACUGGGCCUUCGAGUGUCUGACUGUACGAGAUUACAAUGAUAUGAUCUGCGGCAUUUGUGGUAUUGCUCCAAAGAUUGAGAUUGCUCAGAGAUGCACAAACAAUGUCUUGGAGCUCAAGAAUGUGGAGUUUACAUGGCCCGAGUGUUCAGUGUCAGAUGAAGUACAUGUUGAUGACUUCUGGCUGACCAUGGAGAGUGAGGCUGUUGAGCAAGCAGCUUUUCCCACCGACAUCCCAAUCACACGGGUGGAUGCUUCCAUCAUCGCUCCCUUCACACCCCCUCUGAUGAGGAGUCCCACUGUUAUUAACACAGAGAAGGACAAAGUUUUGUUACGAACACAGCAGCUUUCAGGAGAUCCAUCAGUUUUGGUGCGUCUCGUUCAUGAUGGUCAGCUGAGGCUCGACAAGAUUGAAGAUCAUAAUGAGGAGGAGUUGAGAACAAUCCUGAACCGCUGUGGGGCAGAUAUCUUUCCAGGCUCUACCAAGAAUGACCUGCUGGCUUCUCUGAUGGACUUGUACACCCUUGUUCAUAGUGGUGUCUCCACCGCCCCACAACCCCCCGCACACCUCACUGCUGGCAAGCUGUCCAAAGUCUGCCCCCACAAGGUGGUGUGUUCUUCUAAGUACAUAGUGAAAGGAGAGACGGCUCGAGACCACGUUGACCUGCUGCUGUCCUCUCGCUACUGGCCUCCAGUUUAUGUUUCCGACUGUGCUCGUCUGGUGGCGCUUUGCACUGACUUACAGUAUCCAGAGCUGGCAACCCAGAUGUGGGGUCGGAACCAAGGCUGUUUUUCGGACCCUUUUGAAAAGCCCGAGUUUGUGUCAUGUACAGAGUUGCAGGACCAGCCGUACAGCGCUGAUCUGUCCUUAGUAGCAGAGAACCAGGAGGUCCAUCCUAUCACCAAAUCUUCUUCCUGUUGGCUGGUUCAUCCUCCGGGAGCAUCUCAGGAGCCUUCUGCUCCAGAGCACUACUCCAUGGACCUCUGCAAAGACCUGGAACCUUAUGUUGGUUUGGUAGCAGAGCUGAUGACUGAGAAAAAGGAGGAUGAUGAGGAAGAACAGACAGAUUCAACCAGGAAGGACUGUGGAGAAGAAUCUAAGGACAAUUUGCCAGUUAGCCAAAUAAACAAACUCAUGGUUUUCAAUAACACAGCUUAUUACUACCUGUACAACCGGUUGGUAGACUUCCUCACUAGCAGAGACAUUGUAGGGCAUCAGAUCAGCCAAAUUGUGAAGGCCUGCCAGCCUGGAGAGGUAGUCAUCAGAGAUGCUUUGUACCGAUUAGGAGUGGCCCAGAUCAACACUGAGAAAGAUGAAGAUGAAGAAAAAACUAUACAAGACCAGACAGAAGGGGAUGCAACAGGAAUUCAUGAGAUAGUGAUGGUUGAAUAAAAAACAUUUAGUUUAGACAUUUACUGUCAGACUGUAAAAAUCACUGCAUGAAAAGGGAGAAGUGCAGCUGAUGAAGAGGGAGAUGUGAAGAACAACAAGGUGCCAUGUAAGGGUUAAAGUGCUCUGGUGCCAAGGUAACCUACACACUUGCAAAACAGAAGAAGCAUAAAGAUCAAAUAAUGAUCAUAUUAAUUAUUGGAGGACCAGCCUGUAAUAACAGGUUUUCCAGAUGAGAUAAUGUUGGAGGGGGUGGGCUGAAGUUUACACAGAGGACCUUUUUAAUAGGAGCCAUAUUAAAGACUGCAGAGUGCUCAGUAGCAUUUAGCUCAAAGAUUCUGAAUUUUUACUUCAUUAUGCAACUUAGACAUAUUUUCACUAAUUUUUAUUCAUAUUUACAUUAUAUAUCAGGAUGGUGCAGACUUCAUGUAAAAAAUAUUAGCUAUACAUGACAGUUUUCUUUUAACCAAAACAAAAUGAACAGCUUAAAAGCAACUCAGUGCUUGUGCAGGUGAUAUGAACUGGAGUCCUAAAUCACUGCUUUCCCCUGACUUGAAUGUAGAAAAGUCCUUAUUAACUGACCUACUUCAGAUCUAAAUGUAAAGACGUCACUGCUUUCUUUUUACAUCGUUACCUCUGAACUGCCACCUUCUGCCUUUUGGACUGUUUGCUUCAUGAAAAGAGAUUACAUGUGUUCAUUUUACUAGAUCAUAAUGUGGAGGUACAUAUGUGUGGUCUUUGUUUUAAUUGCCUUUUUUUCGGGGGCGGGGGGGUUGUCUCAAUUACACAUGUUUUAACCAAUCAACCUUAAAGAAACAAAAAAAGGUUUUAUCUGUUUGCACAAAACACGUCAGUGAAAGAGUCUUCCUUCUUGUUACCCGUCUGGUGGUUAAAGUUAAUGAUGAGAUUACAUAAUCUUUAACAUCUGUGCCUGCAGAUGCUUAAUGUUAGAAACAGUAGAGGAGCCAUGUACAGGGACUUUUGGAAGCUUGUAUUUGUCAUCGUCCUGAAGGUCAUUGCAAUUUCAGGCUUUCAAUUAUGUUUGAAGUUUUAAUUUUCUGGGAGAUAAUGGUUAUACAAAAACAGAAAAAGAUUGGCAUACAGGUUACUGUGGGCUUUCACAUGGGAUCUUUCAGGGCAUCAAAUGUUUGGAUAAAUGCACCAUAGCAAGUUGUACUUUGAUCUGAUGCUUUUGGCAGAAUUCAUAUUUCAAUAUUUGUCUAUUCCUCUUGCUAAAAUUUGUUUUUAAAUGAGUUAACUUGCUAUUGUGAUUAAAGCUCAGGGUGUUGGUAAGUUUGCUCCAAAGGCUCAGUUGGGGUGUGGCUUGGUCCGUAGAGGAUUGGACCUCUGACUCCCCAUCCCUUACAUGUGUUGAAGCAUCCUUGGUAAAAGCAAUGAACUUCACGUUGCCCCCAGUGUGUUCAUCAGUGUGGUUUUAAAGAAAAGAAUUUAUACAUUUCAUGGCUGCAUGGUAUUAGAAAAAAUAUGCAUCAUUAUUAUUGGUGAAUAUUGUGAUUAAAUUCUGCUUCUUGAUAUAGAAACAAAUACUUCUAAGUGUGAUGAAGACCUCAUUAACACACCUGUGCUUGUUCUGCUACAUCACAUCAGCUCGCUGUGGCCUGUGUAGCAUGUCUGCUGUGUAAGGUUUAUAGCCUCCCAUUUGUUACAGUCUUUUACAAUAUUAAUAUUGUGCAUGUUGAUGUCACAAUGAGUUUUUUAGACAUUGUGCAGCCUUAAUACAUGAAUAGAAUAAGAAAUGACAUAUGCGUAUGUGUGUGUAUUUGGGUCAAUGGAUGACUUUAAGCGCUGCAGAACCAAAACAUGGUUAAAAGACCUUUUUACCAUUUACUGUAUGAUGUGCUGCUUUAUAUUCAACAAGCAGCUCUCAGGCGUUUGGGGUCAUUGUCCUGUUGAAACACCAAACUGUCCAGGUAUCAGCUGUCUGACCGAUCGGUUCGUAUUCUUUUUGGUUAUAUCAUUCGCUUUGUGCAAUCUGCCGGGUCUAUUCGUAAUAAAAAGCCCCAGAGUAUGAUACUGCAACCACCGUGCUGAAUAAGUGAUACUGUGCCUGAUAUUUAGUUCUACAAGCAUGUCUCUGGUCAAUUCUAACUUUAUCUACUUUCCUGUUCUACAUCUAACUGUCCAGUUGACUUUUUUUUUUCUUUUCAUGUCCAUGUAGUGAGUUACAAACCUUAGCAGAGUUUGAAGCUGUCAUGUUAGUGAGUAGGGCUUUCUUUCUUUGACAGGUCCAAAGUAGCAAAGAAUUAAAAACCA